AAAUGUCAGAGAAACGUAUGGAAAUGCGUUGCGCUUUCGUUGCAGUCGUAGUGUGCAGCAUAUUGGGUCACUGUCUUUGCGAAAUGUCCAUUUACCCAGGCUUGCGUCGUCGUCCCAUUCAACCCACGGUGCUGGAGACGCAGCAAUAUGAGCAGCUAAUGGAAGAGCAUGCACGUCGUCGGCUGCAGCAGCAGUUUGAGCAGCAGCUGGAGCUGAUUAAGCUCAAGAUGAUCCGACAGCGUGAACUGCUCGAACGCGAGCGUUACCGCCAGCGUCAGCAGCAAGCGCGUCUGGCAGCGGCGGAGGCAGCAGAGGAUUACGACAACAACAAUAACAUUAACAACAAUGAGAAUCAGCAGUAUGAUCAGUAUGAUAAUGCAGAGGCGGAAGCUAGCUAUGGCGGUCCCUUGGACGUUGUGCCAGAUGUGCGCCCACCGCCCAUGCCCAUGCAACUGCCGCUGCCCAACUAUGAGACAAUGCAACCCAACAGCGUGCUGCGUGAUCGCAUACCCUUUGCAGUGAAUCCCAAUGAUGCGCGCUUCUAUGAGAAUCUACCAGAGCCGUCGGGCGAACUGGACUCGCGUGCCUUGGACGACUAUGAAGAAUAUGCGCCGGCACCAGAUGCAGCGCCCGAGGUGGUUACAUCCAAAAGCAAGCUGGCCACAGCAGUGCCUGCGCCAGUGCCUGUGGAGCCACCCAAGCUGCUGGAUACGGGCAAUGCCAACUUCCAUCGCAUUAAGCCGCAAUCUGCUGCCGCUGCAGCUGUUGCCGGUGUGAAUCUGCCGCAAACUAAGGACGCUCCCAAUCAGCUGAACGCUUUGAUCGAUAAGCUUACCAAGCAGAGCAAGUUGCCGCAGUCUGAAUUGCAGGGUCAUGUAGGCGAGACCAGUGAGCAAUUUGUGCUGCGUCAGCAUCUGGGCAUGAAUAGCGAAAUGGGCGUGUAUAUUGUGGCAUUGGUAGCGGGCGUGAGUGCGGCUAUAACAGUGGGCCUGUUGGCGCUGGGAGUUUCUUGGUUCCACAAUCGACACAAAGCCGCUGCUGACGUAGACUACCCCGCUUAUGGCGUAACCGGGCCCAACAAGGAUGUGUCACCCUCGUGCGAUCGCAAGCUGGCGCAGAGCGCCCAAAUGUAUCACUAUCAGCACCAGAAGCAGCAGAUUAUUGCCAUGGAGAACUGUCAGGCGACCGAUGGCAGCUGCGGUCUGUCGGAUGUGGAAAGCGAUGACGAUAACGAGGAGGGUGACUAUACUGUCUACGAAUGUCCUGGCUUGGCGCCCACUGGUGAAAUGGAGGUAAAGAAUCCGCUCUUCUUGGAUGAAACACCCGCUACGCCGGCCACUGGCGCUGCAGCUGCAGCUACAACCAACGGUGUCGCCACCACAGCUGCUGGCAGCAACAACAACAUCACUCAGGCUACGCCACAGCAGCCUGCAACGCAAAAGAAGGGCACGGUUAAGCCGAACAUGAAUCUGUUGAAUGCCGCAGCCAACGCAGCAGCUGCUGCUGCCGCCGCCGCUGAGGAGAAGCAGAAGCGCAAGAGCAAGAAGUAAAGCUCUUCCAAUCUAUCAAUCUCUCACAUAAUUUGGAAGAUUUUGGUAAAGCUGAACUGAUACUGCAUACAUAUUGUCAGCCAACGUACACAAACGCAUACACAAGCAGACAAACACACACUGAGACACACACACACACAUACAUAUAAUGCAUGUAUAGAGAAUUAUGUAUUCGUAUUCCUAACAAGAGUCCAUGGAAUUUAAUUCCGCGGCUGCAGGCGGCUAAUCAAACAGAAGAACGUAACAAAAAUGAAACAAAUCUGUCUCUCUUUCUCUAUAAUCUUCCUGGCCCGCAUAACUGUAAGCCCCAACCUAUAUAAAUAUAUAUAUACAUAUAUAUGCAAUCGUAAUCGUAUCGUAUCAUAAUCGUAUCGCUAUGAUGUAAGUGUUGGCAGCCCACAUUUAUAUUUCGCCUGUCAAAGCGCCGCCCACGGAUAUAAGCGCAUCCUAGCGUGGCCUGUCAAUCAGCUGUAGCCAGCGAGUUGAGUUCCUGAUUGACAGCAGCAGACGAGUAUGACGGCAAACACAUAAUACAAAAUUUGAAACUUUGCUUUAAAAAUGAUUUUAUUAAGUGUAUAUAUGUUAGUAGAUUUGAACGAGUAAAAAGAUAUACUUCUUGGUAUCAUUUUUUUCCAACAAGACUAUGUAUAUUUUUUUGUUUAUUAUUAUUAUACACUAUCCUUGUUAAGCAUGGACGACAGACUCUAUUCACAUACAAUCUAAAAUGUGUACUUAUUUAUGGUAUUAUAUUAAACCAGUUUUUUUUUAUUGUAAUUAAAACAUUUUAUCAUAUUUGAAUUUAUUGAUGUCAGCUAUCUGCAUCAGUUUAUAAAGUAGUCAUUUAUACAUACAUAUGUACUGUUUUGAAGUCUGCAUUGGAGCAACAAAGAAAAACCUAAAAAUAUAAUUAAAGAAUUAUUAACAUGCAAACAUGUAUGUAUGUAACUAUUCGUGUAAUUAUUGUAACAUA